UCGACGGCGCUUACGAGGAUGAACGCGUCGACGAGCCAGACGCGCACACUAACGCCUCUUCGUGCUAGAUCGUCACUUCUUACGUCUCGCGCAGCUUCGACCAUCCCGCUAGCUUCGGAAUCGUAUGAACCCCUGGUCAAGUCCGUUCUGAGCCGCCGUCUCUUGCGCAUUUUCCUCUUCUCGGGUGCAUUCUGCUGGGCCUCUGCUUUUCUUUGGAAUGCGUGGAAUGGAGGAGCCUUUAAUCCAUUAUCUUUAUCAACGCUCUUGCUGUCGUGUGCUUUCUGGGUGGUAGGGGCCUUACCUGCCACAGUUCUCCGAAAGACAUACCUUACCGCCACACCUACCGCGUCUUCUUCUCCUUCAAAAAUAGUCAAGGCAGCCUUGACAAGGCGGAGUACAUAUGCAGCAGCAGCAUGCUAUGUGUUAUCUGCGGCAGCCUUUACCGUGUUACAUGUUCUGCUCACGAAGGGAGAACCGAAGCUUUCGCUAUUUGUGAAAUCCCGGAAGCAUCCAUACUAUCUUAAUGGUCGAUUCCUCUUCCUAGCUCUAUCCCAGUUCACCUGCGCCAGUGCUUUUUUGCUGCGCCACGUUAUGAUAGACAGGUUCGUCGUGAGAUGGCCUCCGGUGACCAUAAAACCGGCCACGGAAAUGGAACCCAGGCCCACCUCCGUUAACAAACCCAGGAUAGCACUCACCGUUGUAAUCUUGACCCUCCUCUGCAUCUUUGCAUCAGCCGCUGUGUUUGGUCUCACUCGAAUCUUGCUGUUGCCUGUUCUUUUCCGGCUCCCGCUAGUACACCUGCUCCUCCGACCGUUUGCCACCCACUUCCUCCGGGGGCCAUGGACAAUCUCUCUGCCAUGGCGCCAUCUAGGCUUAUUGUUCAGGACCUUUUUCCUAGGCGCAACGAUGGUAGCAACCUGGGAAGUGUCCGAUGGCUUGUUCGAUCUAUACAUUGCCGAGCCCGUUUCGGUGUCCGCAAACACAGCAGACCCCAUUUUAACCCUAGUUUCCGGAGCACAGUCGGCAUCAGCGUACUACCAAUACUUUGCGUACUUGGAGCUGCGCGAUCUGGUCAGGGAAGACAGUGCAGCUGCCAGCGCGCGUCGCCAGGCGCUGUUCGCGGACCAAAAAUACAACCCACCCAUGUGGACGUCGUUCUCGCGAGCGUCCCUGGUACAGCUCGGGAAGGAAUAUCAGCACUUCCUCCGCAGAGGGGCACCCGUUCCAGCCCCAGCUGCCCCUGCCCCUGCAGCGGCACCACCUCCCAAGAAGGCCGACCCUACGCCGCCCACGCCGCUCAUCCGCAAGCCGAUAUUGAAAGCCCCGCCGCAGACCCCCGUGCGCGCCGUCAUCGACUCGUUCGCGUCGGACGGCACAAUCUCGCAGGCUAUCGCGAGCACCGCGGAAGUCGGCGCCGCGCACAUACCGGAGCUGUUCCGUUCCGUCUCCACCGUCGCGCCCGUAAGCACGGAGGUGGUGGUCAAAGAGGUCAAGGAGGUUGCGAGCGCCAUUGACAAGGUCAAGUUUGACGUCAAGUCACUGCCGAUGGAGGUGCUGAAGGCUGCGAAGGGCAGGAUGGGAACGGAUGGGGUAGUGGGCCGGUAUACUGAGCUAGUGUAUCAGAGGUACGUGAAGGAGCAGAGCGGGAAGGUGAAGGAAUGGUGGGAGGCGGAGCGGUUGGCCAAGGCAGCAGAAGGAUACUUGCCGAACCGCGAGUUGGACAUACUUAUCAUCAACGUCCUUACGGCCCUCGCCUGCGCAUCUCUCACCGAGGACCGGUAUGGCGUCGUCCAGAAAGACCUACCUCGUAUCAUUGAGGCGUUCAUAACAUUUUCUCACGCUAUCGAAGAAUUUCAUCGAGAGUUAACCGCGAAGUACCCCCCGCCGAUGGAGGAAGAAUUGGAAGAGAUGGCCCCUGAGGAGCUUGAGGCGCGGAACCGAAUAGGGAUAGAUGUGGAGGGGGCUAUUGCAACAUCUCAACCUGUUCAUGAUGCGCUAAAGGAGGGAGUGGCCAAGAUAGCUAGAACGUUUGGGGACAAGCUAGGAGGCUUUAGGUUCCCGCCUAGAAUUGCACGCACGUUGCAGUUAUUCGUAGAUUAUAGUGCUGUUGGGAUAUGACAUCCUGUUCUGCGCUCGGGAGACCAAGUUUUGCCCCGGUACCACAUCCUAGCUGCAUUUUACGGUGCUUGCUAACGGGCAGG